CUGGAGCAACCGGCUGAAGACCUUCCUUGUUCUAACAACUAUAGCAACGAACUAACCAACACAAAUCAAAUCAAUCACUUCUAAAUGUUGACAUUGUCUUGUUCAGAUGUGAAGCACAUCUGAAAUUGUGCUUCACCUGAUAACAGCAAAGGCUCCAUAUUGUUACUGUGCCUAUGGGAGACAGGAAGUAGUAACACUCAACUGACAUCUAGUGAGACUCAAAACCAGUAAAUGCUGGAAUCCACUGAGCAGGGAGUCCAACAAGCAUUUCUGAGCCCCUUCAAAUGCCACAAAUAGGCCCAGUGAAGAGGAUUAUUGCUGAGAGGGACAAGCACCCUUUUGCCACAAAGGCCCAUCUGUAGAGCAGCUUCUGGGGGCGACAGCGUGCGCUCUUACACCUUGGCCCACCCUGCUUCCCCUAACUUCGUCACAGCUCGACGGCGUCAGUUAAACACGUGACCCGCGCCGUCCAUGCAUCUCUCCGGUGCGGCGGGUCUUUCUGGCUUGUGCCGAGUCGCCGAACAUCUGUACCUCAGCAGCGGCAGAGCGGCCAACGACUCCUCUCUGGUGACGCGCUUUGAGAUAACCUGCAUCGUCAGCGUGACCGAGGCCGGGAGCAGCGGUCCUCCCCUUCCCGGCGUGGAGUACGUCCACGUGCCCGUGUCCGACAGCCCGGCGACUCCUCUCUGCGACCACUUCGACGGCGUGGCGGACGCGGUGGAGCGCGUGGCGCGCCGCGGCGGACGCACGUUGGUGCACUGCCGCGCAGGCGUGAGCCGCUCCGCCGCCCUGUGCAUGGCUUACCUGGUGAAGCACCGCGGUGCCACUCUGCUGGAGGCCCACGCCCGCGUGAAGGCUUGCCGGCCCAUUGUGAGGCCGAAUAAUGGAUUCUGGGAGCAGCUGAUCCGGUAUGAGAUGGAGCUGCACGGGCGCAACUCGGUCCGAAUGGUCUCCACCCCCCUGGGGCAGAUCCCCGACGUUUAUGAAGAGGAAGCCAGAGACAUGGUGCCACUAUGAGGGACUGUGUGUGUGUGCGCGCACCAUAGUUGUUUUUACAAAAAUAUUUCGUCAUUAAAUAUUUAUUUCCUCUUGAAGGAAAGGUUUCA